GCAUGCGCGAACAGAAUAAUAUGUAAAUAAAUAACAACCGUCACAAGAACUUCAGGUCAGGGAGUAACUGGCUAACUUUCUCGAAAAACCAAAGGGCAUGGCAGAGAAGGAAGAUUUAUUCCUCCGAGCCAAACAUCGGACCUUUAGCGGACUGACUGAAGAUGCAGAGCGGAACUGGACCGGACCUUUCUGCUUCAUCCAAGCCGCAGACCCCCAGCUAGGGCUGAUGAAGUCCUGGAGGGUAGGUGACUGUGACAACGGAGGAGAUGAGUGGACUGAAGAAGUGGAGCUUACCAAACAGACUGUGGAGGCUGUAAACCGUCUGCGACCCAGGCCGAGGUUCAUGGUGCUGUGUGGUGACCUGGUCCAUGCUAUGCCAGGAACACAGUUCAGAGAAGAUCAGGAGCGAGACCUGAGGGAUGCCUUAAAGGGGGCGGAUCCCUCCAUCCCCCUUGUGUUCGUCAGCGGGAACCAUGACCUUGGUAAUACCCCGACUCCCAGCACAGUGGAGAAGUACUGCACAGCCUGGGGGGAUGACUACUUUAGCUUCUGGGUGGGUGGUGUCCUCUGCCUGGUUCUUAACUCCCAGUUGUUCUUCGAUGCCUCGGCCUGUCCACAGCUGAAAGAGGCACAGGAAACGUGGCUGGAAGCCCAGCUGAGCAGGGCCUCCUCUAUGACGGAGCCAAAACCAAAACACAUCCUGGUUUUCCAACAUAUUCCGCUGUACUUAAAGAACCCUGAUGAAGACGACAACUACUUCAACCUGCAGACAGACGUUAGGCAAAGACUAAUGGACCGAUUCAAAAGGGCAGGUGUGAAGGCGGUCUUCACAGGCCAUUAUCACCAGAACGCCGGCGGCUGCCAUGACGGCCUGGACAUGGUGGUGACCUCAGCAAUCGGCUGCCAGCUCGGUAAAGACACCCACGGCGUCAGGGUGGUGGUGGUGACUGCAGACUCCGUGGUCCACCGUUACUACAGCCUGGAACAGCUGGGAGCCCGGGGCAUGGACCAGGACCUCAGGGAACUACUGAAGGCCUAAGAAUAUUGGAGGAUGCUUUAUCCAACAAAUGUAUACUUUAAUAACUCAGAUGAUUUGGUUAAAUGUUUCUGAGCUUGUCCUUCUAAACGUUUCCUCAUAUUGAUGUUUUAUUUACAUUAGAAAAAGAUCAUUUGAAAUACUUUAAAUAUGCAGAACCUCUAUAAUAUAUUGUGACAGUUUUAGUCUCUUUUGACCUCUUUAAACUAGUAAGGAUAAAAAAACAUCUAAUUUAGGUUAGGUUGGUCUGUGUCUCAUUCCGCAUGUUUAGUAUGGGGAGGAUCUGUGGAGCUCCAUUAAAUGGUCACCAAAGAGUAAUCUACAGAUUUCUCUCAGAGUUUUGCCAUAAAAAGCAGAAAAGUCUGCUCUGUGUAGAGGUUGUGAUAAGAGUUGUUAAAGGGGCUUCAGUGAAAUAAAAAAAAACAUCAAAUCUGAUCCUCUUAAUUAUAACUUCUCUUCAUUUAACUUUGUUGCUGUAAAAUUAAAUUGGUACUGCAUCUCGUUAUUAUGCUUAGAAAUGUGUAAAAGGAAAAUCUGAACCUCUCAACUGAUUAAUGUCAUAACUUCCUACUUUUCAGCAGAAUAUAAGCCAGCAGAGCUUCUCAGAGUUGGACUUAUCUGCAGCUGUAGUGACAUCAGCAGUGCUUUAAAACUCAUUCUGCUUGUUCUGAAUAUUAUGCUCAUUCCUCCAGUUAGUGAUGUGUGUGUUUAUGCAGAGCAGGUGUUUCCAGUGGAGUUUAAAACAUUUCCAGCAGGAUUUUACCAUAAAACAAUAAAACCUCAUUUAAAGGAACUUUGCAGAGAGACACUGAGAUCCAGCUGUGAAAAUUUAAGGUUUUAUUUAGUUUUUUAUUGUUCUGAUUAUAUAUUAUAAGCAGAAGACAUCUUACCUGCUGUAGGGGAUUCUCUUGGUGCCAUCAUUCUGAUUCUGGAUCCAAAAGGGGUGCAGAGAUCAAAACGCACCUUCCAUCUUUAAAUGACUUCCAACAAAAAAAAAUAAAAAUAAAAACAGCUGUUUAUGCAAACAUUAUUCUAUGAAUGUUUAUGUUGGAUGUGCUUUUUUUAAAAUUUUUUACACAGAAAUAGAUGCUUCCUAACACAGAGUCCCUAUCCCAAACCAGCCCGUAAGCAUUAACCCUGAGCACUAACCCUCUGUCUGCAUGUUCCGCCACAUUAAGGGCCUUCCAAAACCAAGUAGUGGGUAGGGCCAGUGGCCUGUCCAGCCCUUAAACAGCGAGUCUGCAUCAGUUGCAGGCUCGCUGGAAUUUGGCAGCUAGUGUUAAUAGAAGUUCUACAGGUUUGCUGCAUCUUCAUCACACUGAUGAAAAAUCAUAAGUUAGGUAGAAAGGAAAAAUGUAAUUAAUUCCAAAAGGAAAGGUCCUCUUUGAAAUUGUUUUAUUUGACCGAAUACAUUAGUUUAAAGGAAGGGGAACAUUUAAUAUUUUAUGUCACCCUGCGCCUUAGAGCUACAUUCACACACGGGGAAUCACUGUGUUGCCAUAACAAUGGCUGCUUUCUUUUUCUGUUGGAGGAAAGAGGCCGUCCCAUUCACAUUUAUACCCUCCCCUUCAAUCAAGUCACCUUCCACAUCUGCAAGUGUGACUUUAUUGGGAGUGAGACUUGAUAGUUAAGGGUUAGUGCUUAGGGAGCGGUCUGGGAUUCAGCCAGAUAGAGCUUGGAGGCAGUGCACUGCCAAAUGUCUUCCUGUGUGAAACAAACACUAAGUAGAGAAACCUAUCAGCAAAGUUAUAAAAAUUAACAAUUGCUUUUAAAACCUCUUUAUAAAUGACAGAGUCACUGUGACCAGAAAUGCUCUACAUUUUCCAUUAUCGUUAUGUGUUUCACACUGGUAGGUGCAAUGCCUCCAGAGUAAUGGUCAGCAGCUGUAAAUAAGAGAGCCUGAACACAAAGCUUAGUGCUUAAGACCAAUCAGAAGUUAGCUGGAUUUUUACUAGAGGAGGAACCAGGAGAGACUUAUCUCCUGCAGGUCAGACAUUCAUGGCUUACAGUUGGUAUAAAGACCCUCAGAUCAAGAACUUUGAACGGUUUCUUUAACGUUUGCCUUUCCUUUGAUCCAGAUCCUUGUUGGUGACUCUAUGCAAGUGUUUGCCUUUACCUGCUCCUGUUUAACAUUGAACCCCUAUGAUACUGUAAAAUCUCUUUUGCAUGAAAUUCAACAUAUUAAUUCCCUGUUAUUGCAAAGGAUCGUGUAUCAGAGUUUCUGGAACGUUCAAAUUAGUGGUACCCAGUGAAUAUGAUGGGUUGAUGAUUAUUUAUGUGUAUGUGAUGCCUCAUACAGACUCUCACAUUCUACCCGACCGAAAGGAAAAGGGAGAAAGUUGUCAUGGCAACCCUUUAGUAACACAUCUGUGUGUUUGAGCGUUGGAGGGGAGGUGAUGGUUCCCUCUGUCUGGGUGCGUCUGUCUAUGGUCCGGUCCAGCGGUGUAGGUGAUUCUCCAUCAGAGGAGCGGGCGCUGACCUCAUUUCACACUGUUUUUGAAAAGCCUUGGGCAGAUAAUGAGUGUGAUGUGUGAAAGACAACUCAGUCCAGCUCCUUCAUUUCCUGUCUGAGAAAGAGCCUGAUGUUCUUUUCUAUUUUUAUAUCCUAAUGGUUGCAGAGCUCACUCAUCGGUCUGGAUCUGUUCUGGAAGAACCGUUUUCAGAAGAAAAGUUCUGCCUGAUUUAGAGAACAUGUUUCCCUGUGCAUUAUUUCUAUGUUGCUCACUAAUCACCAAACUCACUGUGACUGUUGUAUAUAUUUUUAUAAUAAAUGUGUAUUUUUAACUA